GGAUUCCAGGGUUCAGGACCCCCACCUAACUGACCCUGCACUGCUGUCUGCAGGAGGAGCGGCCCCCCUACCACCGCCACAAGAAGGGGGGCUCCGUGGGCAGCGUGUGCUACCUGUCGAUGGGCAUGGUGGUGCUGCUCAUGGGCCUGGUGUUCGCCUCCGUCUACAUCUACAGAUACUUCUUUCUCGCUCAGCUGGCCCGAGACAACUUCUUCCACUGCGGCGUCUUCUACGAGGACUCCCUGUCCUCCCAGGCCCGCACGCGGAUGGAGCUGGAGGAGGACGUGAAGAUUUACCUCGAAGAUAACUACGAGCGCAUCAACGUGCCGGUGCCCCAGUUUGGUGGCGGCGACCCUGCAGACAUCAUCCACGACUUCCAGCGGGGUCUGACCGCCUACCAUGACAUCUCCCUGGACAAGUGCUAUGUCAUCGAGCUCAACACCACCAUCGUGCUGCCCCCUCGCAACUUCUGGGAGCUCCUCAUGAACGUGAAGAGAGGUACCUACCUGCCACAGACGUACAUCAUCCAGGAGGAGAUGGUGGUCACAGAGCACGUCAACGACAAGGAGACCCUGGGCUCCUUCAUCUACCACCUGUGCAACGGGAAGGACACCUACCGGCUGCGGCGCCGGGCAACGCGGAGACGAAUCAACAAGCGUGGGGCCAAGAACUGCAACGCCAUCCGCCACUUCGAGAACACCUUCGUGGUGGAGACGCUCAUCUGCGGGGUGGUGUGAAGGCCUCCCCGCCCUCCCGGUCCCACCCCUGCCUCUCCUCUUUUCUCUUCCUGUCACUCUCUGGCCUUCCUUCUUCCCCUCUCUUAGCUUGUACUUUGGACGCCAUUCCAUAGAUGUGACGUGCCCCCCCCCCCCUUCCCAUCAAGCCCUGCCCUCUCCCUGUCCCAGAACCAUGACCUCUCAAGGCCCCCACCUCCGCUGACGUCCCGGGCCUGGGGGACAGAGAGGGCGCCCUGAAAUGGUGUCUGUGACCACCAUCUUAAAGUGGGGUCCUCUGGGGAGGACUGGAUGGAGGGGCUGGGCACGUGGGGGUCCUGGGCUAGGGGAUAGGGUGUGGGGAGGGGUGUGGAGUGGGGUUCAGAAAUGUCUGCACAGUUGGGAAAGUCCUGAAGGCUUUUUUCUUGGAUGGCACACUUCCUCCUGUGUCCCAGCUCCCGGGACUGGGCUGAGGAUGGGGGACUGUGCCAGGGAGGGACCCACCAGAGCACAAGGGAAGGUGAUUGUCAGUGCCUUCAGCCCACCAGAGGGAGCCUGGAGCCUGGGGGUGGGACUGAGUUUGUCAAGCACAAUCGUUCUCUGAGUGGAACCAAAGAGGGAGGAGCCAGGGCCCCCAGCACUGGCCCCCCAGGAGCAUGGUAGGGUCCCACAGCCAGAGCCACGCUGGAA